AUGCCGCUUCCCCAGGCCCACGCUGCUCUGCAGAGGCCGGACCGGCCCGCACGGGGGAAAAUGUAUGUGCCACCUGGAGAAGCAGGAAAACUCUGUUCAAUGAUUUGGCUGUAUAAAAAGGAUUAUCAUAGAACUGCAAAAGCCAUCCAAGAUGGAAAAUACUUUACUGAUCUAAGCAAAGAAUCUGGCGGUCUAGAACACCAGUUAAACAGUAAAAACAUUGACACUUUGAUGCAGAAGUUAAAUGAAAAUGAAACCCAAAAUGCUAAUCUCAGGAGAAAAAUACUUGAAAAGGAGAAACAUGUUAAAGAACUUUCAUCCAGGCUUCAGCUUGAAAAAGUCAAUAUACAGAAAGAAGACCACCUGUCAAGAUCAGUAGAGGCAGUACAAGCUCACCUGCAAAGUCAGAUUCAAAGAAAAGAAGUGGAAAACCAUGAAUUAAAAGUGAAAAUACAGACUCUAGAGAAGAAAAUAGCAGAGUGGAAACUUCAAGUUGGUGAAUACAAGCACCAGAUGUUAGCCUUAAGGGAAACAAGUGAGCAAAAGAAGACUGCUCUGAAAAGAGCAAUCAGGUCCCAGAAACAAAGAGCUGAACGCUUUGAAGCAGCUGUGGAAGAUUUAACCUCCAGAAUAAGAGAACGUGAAGUCAAACUGUCUGAGAUACUGUCAGCUUCUGAUGUCUGGAAAAACCAGCAUGAUAGAAUGGUUGAAGGAAAGACAACGUUAGAAAUUCAAACAGAAGAUCUUAAGAAGCAGAUCACAAGCCUUUUGGAAGACCUGAAAAGAAAGGAGGAAUGGAGAAGAAACUCAGAUGAGGAAAUUCUUGGAAAGCUAAAUUCUGUUAACUCUGAAAAUGAAAAGAUUUACCUUGAAAAUGAAAAAUUAAAGGCUUCCCUUGCUACAUUGGAAACCAGUACUGUUUCUGUUGAAAAUGAACUGCUAAAUCUGCAAGAAAAGGCAAAGGUGCAGGGAAACCUUGUUGAACAGUAUAAAAAUCAGGUACAAAAAUUACAAACAGCAGUAGAAGAAUUGAAAUCCAGAUAUGAAACAGUCUUAAAUGAAAACAAAAGAAUAACAGAAAACAAAUGCUUAGAAGUAGAUAAGCUGAGGGACAAAAUGGAGGCUGAGUUAAAGGAGUUAGAACAUGUUUGUGACUUGCUGAAAGCAGCUGAGGAAAAGCAGCAAGGAUAUCAGAAAAAGCUUAUGUCCUGGGAAAGGAUCCAUGCACAGAAAUGCAAAACCCUUAGGGAGCUGCAGGUUCAGGAGGAAGACAGUGUAACUUCCGUGGGCAGUCACUCCUUAGAAGAAGAAAACCGUAACAUUCAGAAGAAAUAUGAAGAUCUUAAAAGGCAAUUAGAAAAGAUGGAAUUUCAAAAUGAAGAACUUGCUUGUCAGCUCAAAAAAGAAGAUGAGAGUCUUCAGUGCAGUAAACUGCAGCUUGAGGAGAAAAUUGCAGAAUAUAAUGGAUUAACCAGACAACUGGAUUCUGCUAUGGAAGAAGGGAGAAAAAUGGUAGCCGAAGAACUGGAAAAAAUGUCAUACAAAGAACAAGCCCUUCAGGCAAAAAUGCUAAUUCUUGAAACUGAAGUGAGAGAGAGGCAAGAAGAGAAAAAACAGCUCCUCUGCAUAUUUCACCGUAAUGAAAAGCACCGUGAAGUACGUUUGAAAGAGCUGGAGAACAGCCUACAAAAGUCAGAGAACAAGAACCAGAGCAUCCAGAAUUAUGUGCGGUUUUUGAAAGCUUCAUACAUAACAAUGUUUGGCUGA